AUGUCACUUUUCUCAGAUCAAAUUAAGAUAUCCAUACACUUAUUACCAGAAUUCGGGUGGACCAUUGAUGGUGAACCUGUGUAUGGUCCUGGAUCAGCUUUUCAAGGAUACGUUCGAGUCGAAUUACCAGAACAGCCGCUCAAAGAAAAGAUCGAACGCUUACGUGUCCUUUUUCAUGCAUCCGAAGCGCUUGCGUUAUCGAAGCCCAACAACAAUGGGUCCAAAUACAAACGUCAACAGUUUUUUGGAACGCAACGUAUCCUAUGGCGUUGUAAAACAGGUGCCUAUCAAGAUAGCCAUGGCCGUGUUCAGGAUUUUCCAUUUACAAUCCAAAUGCCAUUGGUGCAAUUUCCUCCUUCCAUGCUUAUUAAGAACGUGUACUGCUGCAAGUUUCGAUUGGAAGCCUAUUUAGAAACACGCGAUGACAAGCAACUUGCUGCGGCAGAAUGUCCAUUAUCGUACACGCCAUUGAUCGAGACUCGUACCACCAAGCUUACGCAACCCUAUGUGAUAGCUAAAACAUGGCCCGGUCCAUCGUCAUCAUCAAGCGGCAGUGGCAAUGGCAAUAAUAACAUUGGGCCAAUAAUCCGGGUUGGAUUAGAGUCAUUGACUUUUGUGGCAGGUGAUUGCAUUACGCCACGCAUUGUGUCCCCAACCGAAUGCAGCUAUCAAAUGGCAUUACUGCGGUCGACCAUCAGCACACGCGAUACCAACAAAAGACACAUGAUCACAACGAUUGUAGCCGAGGCAACGGAUGAGGAAUUGGUCAUCCCUUCGGAUCUUGUUCCUUCCGUUUCAUAUGGGCGCCUCAUGACUAUUCAAUACUCAUUAUGCAUCAAGGUAUAUCCUCGGGAGGCAAACAUUGCUCAGCAAAAGAAUACUGGUUUACUUUCUCGACUACUCAAACCGUCAACGGCAGCUGUGACCUUUGACGACAUCCCGAUACAAAUCGGCACCCUCGGUUAUGGGAUCCGUGGCCCGAGUGGUCUUGCACCCUACACCGAUUUCAAAGAUGUUUUUGAUAGAUCAUCAGACAGCUCAUUACCACCAUUGCCAGUACCUGAAUUCGUAUCUACCGCCGAAUACAAGGAUUGCUUACCGGCAUAUGAGAGCUAUCACUUGCCAUCCUAUGAAGAAGACAUCCUUUCACAAAAAACAGUUGACAGCUGUACCAGUUUAUCAUAG